AUGCCGCCAACUGAAAAUCAUAGGGAUGACAUGAUGGAAGAAACCAAACCCAGGUGUGCUCGUUCUCGAGACGAAUUUUACCACAUAUCCCCGUAUUGGGAACAUCUAAAGGAAGCCUGGAAUUUAAGAAAUUCAAAAAAUCUUUUAUUCUUAUUUUAUGAGGAGGUAAUAAACGAUUUUCCAAAAGCAAUUAAGAAAGUAGCAAAAUUUUUGGAUAAAACAUACACUGACGAAGAAAUUAACAAAGUGACAAAUCAUCUCAAUAUCAAAAAUUUUCGAAACAAUCCGAUGGUGAAUUUCUCUGAGUUGAAGGAUUGUGGAAUUAUUAAGGACAAUUCUUUUAUUAGAAAAGGAGGAAACGGGAACUGGCAAGACAUUUUCACUCCAGAAUUAGAGGGAAAGAUAGAGAAAUGGAUCGAAGAAAAUCUUAAAGAUACUGAUCUACGUUUCCCGUCUUUCAACAAUAACAAUUGAAAAUAAUCAAAAAAUGGAAAAGAUUUCUUGAGUACAGCUUGAUUAUUUUUAAUGAACAUAUUUUUCAAUUUUAUGCAUUUAAACAAAAUGAUUACACAGAGAGCACGUAAAAACUGCUAGAUAGCAAAGCUCGUCAUUUUGACAUCAAUUUAAAUCAUGUUUGUAAAAAUGAUGUCAAGGGACUCAAAAGUGAACAUAGGUUUUAUUCGACGGCAUUUCAUAUAUAACGUCAUUUCGUGACAUCACUCCGUAACGUCAUAUUGACAUGAUAAGUCACUAGUUGAGUAUAAUAUAAUGAUCAGUAAAGGAUCAAGGUAUAACGUCAAAA